UUUCCUCAAGCCAUCAUAAAAACCAAACAACACUCAUCUCAAACUUCCAAAAAAAAUUUAUCAACCAUGGCUUCAAUGCAAUGCUACAAAGGAGAAGGUGAAGAAUUUGAUUACUAUGGCUGUGAGAAAUCCUCAGGUUACCAAAAACCAACUACUUACUCGAACUCUAGUUACGAUCAAUCUUACUAUGUGGAAGACAGGUGUUAUGAAACCAAACCUGGAAUGAUGGGCUACGGCGUUAGCCAUGGCCAUCAACAUGGGUCGGGUAAUGGAUAUGGCCACAACCCAUGUGGGCCAACUAUGGGCCAUGGGAAAUUGGGCUAUGGUACGGGCUACAACACUCAUGGAACUACGGGCUAUGGUACGGGCUACAACACUCAUGGAACUACGGGCUAUGGUACGGGCCACAACACUCAUGGAAUGGGCUAUGGCAACAAUAGUCACUCUUAUGAUCACCACAUGCACAAACCUGGGUCGAAUGGGCUGGGCCCUGGAAUGGGCACUGCCUUGGGCCAUGUUAUGGGCUUUGGAAAUAAACAUGAGGGACAUGGUGGCUAUGGAAUGGGCUCUUCGGGUUGCACCACUUACAAGAAACAACACUAUAGGAGAAAGGGCAUCGGUGGUUACGGCAGCGGCAGCGACUAUAGCGACAGCAGCGACGACGAGCGUCGCUGCUAAAUAACUACAGAGUUUGGUGACUAGCAGCAUGGCUUAGGAGAAGGAAGAAUGUGAAGCUCCUAAUACUAAUUAGGGAGUAUAUGUAUGACAAUAAAUAAGAAGCAAAUCAGCCAUGGCUACUGAAGUUAUGAAACUAUUAUGGAACUUGAGAAUUUAUGUUUGUGUGCUGGUGUAUUACGUUCUAAUAAUGUAACUGUUUAUUCCCUUUGGAAAUAAAUCUAAGAGAAAAUAACCCAAAAAAGAGAGAGGUCUUCUAGUGUGUACUACGUUUUAUGUGUGAUAUAAAAUGCUUGAGUUUAUACUA